ACAUUUACAAAUGGCCGCCCAUGGGGGCAAUCCAAAUAUAGUUUAUGCUAGAUAUAUCGGUAGAGCCAUUUCCUCUCUGUUUGUCGCCGCUGGAAUCAUGUGAGGUCGAAACUGAAUAGGAAAGCAAUCAAUAAUGGAUUGUAAAGUGAUCAAUAAACGAAACUGAACUUCAGCAGCUGUGCCUGACCUAAGACCUAAGGAAUAGUUGUGACCAUGGUGAGCAUUCCUGAUUGGUCAAAAUUUGCGCGGGUGCAGGAGGGUCUCAAGGAUUCGCGCAAUGUGCACCUUAACAAGUACUACAAACAGCGUGAGGAGGAGGCCAUUCGGCAGGCGGAGGAGCGUGGCUACUUUAGGGUUCCCACACAAUCCUAUCUUCUGGAAGAAAAUGAUUUCCGUAACGGCAGGAAAGUGCGUGAACUUGGGCAGUUACAUCUAGUGAAACUGGUUGGGGUACACCUACGGAAGGUCGGUGACAUUGCUUACUGUGUGAAUCUCCGUAUCUGUAUCCUCAACAAUAACUUCCUCACAAAAAUAGAUGAUCUAGCAUCAUGUCGCCAGCUAGUGAAACUUGAUCUCCAUAGUAACCAGAUUAGCAGUAUCCCUGGGGUCGCAUUCUGGUCUGGAAUGAGGAAACUCAAGAUUAUACAUCUCCAUGACAACCCACUUGGAAAAUAUGAAACAUUACAAAAUCUGGCAACAUGUCCGUCACUUAUGGCACUAACCCUGUAUGACACGCCCCUCAGUCUGAAGCGAAACUAUCGCCACCAUGUUGUCAACAGUAUUUGGUCACUAAAGGCACUCGACCAUCAUGUCAUAUCGGAUGAAGAAAUCAUUGAAGAUGCCAUUUUUGGUGGAAGGUUCGGAACACUACAUCCUGCUUUCAGGACAGAUCUUUGUCCCCCUACAUUAGAGGACUCUGACUUCCAGGAGGAACUUUACACUAUUUACCUGGUUGAGGCCUACAUCAAUCACAUACAGGCUCAUCACUCUCCGGUCCUCAUCAUACAGCGGUUCAUGAGGGGCUAUCUCACAAGGAAAAGGUUUGGACACCUUGGCCAGAAGAUAAGUCAGAUGAAACAGGGUGGUGACCUAUCCCUGAUACCAUCUGAACUGAUCCCUCCUCCUCCAAGUUCCUCUCCCGCGUUUGGGGCCAGCUCUAGUGGUCAGGAUCUGUCUGUACCUAGUAUGGACUAUGAUUCUUACAUAAAAAACCGUCGACCCGACACUUCACCAGCACCACCUAGUGAAGGAACAGGGACACCAAUUACGAAACCCACAACAUCAGAGAGUGUAGAUGAGCCACACCCAACACCACUGGAGGGCCAGACACCAGUCCAGGAUGAUGACAUCGGCACACCAAAAAAACGGAAAAACCUUCUAAUCAACCUGGCAAAACUUCAGACUGGGACAUUCUCAAGUCUGUAUGAUGAAGGCAUUGCUGUAGAGACAGUCUUGCCUGAAAAUUCACACGAAAAAGUUGUGACAGCAUCAGAAAAGAAAUCGCGCCGCAGGAAACGAAAGGAAAGCCAGAAGAAGGUAGUAAAAAGUGUGAAGCAGUUCUUUGGUCCUAUUGUGGAGUCAUCUCCGGCCCUAGUAGAAUCUCCAAGAGAAGAGGAGGAGGAUACCCAGAUCACUGAGUACCGCCUCAGGGGAAUCAAACCAGAUGUUAUGUACAUCGAUGCCACAACCGAAAUGAUUCUGUCAAAGCAGGAAGCCGGUCGUCUGGUGAGAGAUGCUGAGGAUGAAAUUCACAUGAGAGCGAGGGAUCUACCCAAACCCAAGAUCACCCCACGCAAAUCUGUCAACACCAACCAACGCAUGUUUGCUCGUGUACAUGGCACUAUGGGUAUAUCCAGUUUACUUGCAGUCCACCAGGCCUACAGGGAUCGGGAGAAGGCUGAACAGACAGCUGCAAAAAUGGAACACAUACUUACAAUGCGUGAUGAACGUGACAGGGCCAAAGAGAGAAUUCGGCUUCAUAAUGAUGAGAAACGUAACAUGGCCCUGAGAAAGCGUGAUGCUGAGCGAAAUCAAAUGCUAGACAUUCUAGAGAAGAAGGAAAUGAAGCGAUUAAGUUACUUGGAGAAACGUACUGAUUUGAAGGCAAAGUCAUCAGACUUCAACCGCUCAUACAAAACAGACUUUGCAUUUAUCACUGAAUUUAGCAAUCAGCAUACGUCAGUGUCUAACGCUCUGAUGAGACACGACAAGCAGGCACGCACCGAGGAUAACAUCACCCUGAGGACUGACUUGGUGCAGACUCAUAACACUGUCAAGUCGGAGCAACAGGAGCUGGUGAAGAAAUACAUGGAGCAUCGACAACUGAUGAGGCAGACUGAGGCAGCCAUGGCCCGUGCCACAUUGGACACUCGCAUGCUACAGGAGGCCAAUGAUCGCCUUUUUGAAGCCAAAUCUCGGGUAGCCCAGCAGAAGGCACGUAGGGAGACUGUACAGACAUUUUACCCCCUCCCACAACAUGUCACUCCUGCCCCUGGGGCCAGUGCUACUGAGCUCCCUGCGGUCAGUCCAGGAGCUACACGAUUUGAGGCCAACAUCUUGAUGAACCAGGGUCGAGUGGGAAAGCACCCCACUUUACUUACAUAAAUGCAUCUCAGUAAAUCUGCUUCUCAUGGCCAAACAUACAAACUGACCCACAUGUAAACAGGGUAUUUAUCGUCUGAAGACUUUGUUAGACUAAAAGGUCUAUUUCUGUAUUACAGCAUGUUUACAUGAUCUUGUUGUUAUUGAAUAUGAUAUGAUAUAUACUUUGUAACUAUUAUCUUUGAAAUCAAUCAGAUGCCAUAAUGUAAAGCCAUUCACCUUACCAGUUAUUUCAUUGUAUGACAUAUUAAGUUCAUUCUAACCUAAAUAUUCUGCCAUAAACAAGUUCUGACACUAAGAAGUUAUGAUUUAGUAUAAUAAAUAAAUGAAAACCAAGAUAAACAUUUACUACAAUAUUUAUCUGUCCUGUUAUGCUUAGAUAUUUAACAUUGGACCCAAAAACAAGUCAUUACAUUCUGAAUCACCAAAUAAGUGGAAUUCCCCAGAAACAGAAGCCUGGCUAGCUAGUAGUACAUGUCUGGUACAGUAGUCCAAGUUACAGCAGGCGGAGUGGUACAUGUAAGGGACCGUAGUCCCAGUCAAAGCCUAAUGUGAUAAUAGUUGUGAUAUUGCUUUUAUUGAAUGCUAUAUAUAUAUUUAUUAUUGUUUUAUCAAUGCUUUUUCAAUGAAUACAUUAUAAAUACAUAUACUGUACUACUUUCUUUGUAUAUUUUUCGAGAUUCAGGAAUUGUAAUUGUAUGAAUUAUUCACAUACCACUUAUAAUUAUGUCUGUUACACUGUACAAGUCAUGUGAUCUGUCUGUUACACUGUACAAGUCAUGUGAUCUGUCUGGACGGUCAUAUUUGAAUCAUGGCAGAACAUAUUACAUGUAGCCGUGAUUGUUGUUAUGGUGUUAAGUAGAUGUUCAAUGUUAAACCAAAUGUCUUUACACACAGAAUGGCACAGUUGUCACCUAUGCUAUCCUGUACACCAGUGAAUCCGUCCAUUUUGAAAAUGUUGUUUGUGAUCAAGUUUUAAACUCUGAAUUUUGAAUGUGUGUUUUAAUCUAUCUAGUCUGUGAUCUGAUGAUAUUAAACUUUUACGCCAACAAUUUUUUUUUUAAUUCAGCGUAAUGAUUUCCAUUAAGCUCUCACAUUUGACGAUAAUAGCAGCAUAAAGUCUAUGCUACUAGAUUCAAUUCAUAGCAAUUUUCUCUUAUAUGAAUAAAUAAAUCAAAUGUAUAUGCAUGUCUUAAUUUGUCUCUCUGGUGACAUUUUCUGUCUUUGUUGACAAUUUGUCUUUGGUGAUAGUUUCUUUCUUUGUUGACAUUUUGUCUUUGGUGACAUUUUCUCUCUUUGUUGACAUUUUGUCUUUAGUGAUAGUUGGUCAUUUUGUCUUUAGUGACAUUUUCUCUAUUUGUUGACAUUUUGUCUUUGGUGAUAGUUUGUCAUUUUGUCUUUGGUGACAUUUUCUCUAUUUGUUGACAUUUUGUCUUUGGUGAUAGUUUGUCAUUUUGUCUUUGGUGACUGUUGUUGACAUUGUUGUCUUUGGUGACAGUUUCUCUCUUUGUUAGAAUGUUAAAUGUUUGGCUUUGUCGACAGUUUGUUCUCUUGUUGACAGAUUGUCCUCGGUAUCACAUUGUCCGUAAUGACACAUUAUAAUUAAUUACAUGUCCGUAACGACACACACUAUAAUUAAUUACAUGUUCGUAACAACACACUAUAAUUAAUUACAUGUCCGUAACAACACAUUAUAAUUAAUUACAUUGUCCGUAACGACACACUAUAAUUAAUUACAUGUCCGUAACGACACACUAUAAUGAAUUACAUGUCCGUAACGACACACUAUAAUUAAUUACAUGUCCGUAACGACACACUAUAAUUAAUUACAUGUCCGUAACGACACACUAUAAUUAAUUACAUGUCCGUAACGACACACUAUAAUUAAUUACAUGUCCGUAACAACACACUAUAAUUAAUUACAUGUCCGUAACGCCACACUAUAAUUAAUUACAUGUCCGUAACAACACACUAUAAUUAAUUACAUGUUCGUAACAACACACUAUAAUUAAUGACAUGUCCGUAACAACACACCAUAAUUAAUUUUAUGUCCUUUGUGACUGACUGUCCACCAUAAACCAGUCCAUCAUAGUCAUUGUCUUAAUUUAUUUCAAUAACUGCUGACCAACAUUUAUGAUGUGUUUUAUAGAUUUAUAGAGCUUGUUUUUGUACAUAAGUUUUUAUAUUCUAAUGUUACUGAUGUAUACAAAGUUUCUCAAUCACUGGUACUGUUUAAAAGUUUAUUAUCCUCACAUGAACAGGAUGUCUUGACUUUGUGAGAGUAAACAAAUAAACUAUUUCUAUACGUU